AUGGCUCCCCUUCCGGGGAAUGAAGCUGAUCAUCUACGGGAAAAAGCGCGCAGGGACUUGCUGGAUCUUCUCGAGAGCGUCCGCGGAAAGAAGAACUUGGUCAUUAGUAAAGACCUGGCUGGCCCGGUUGGACUAUUCGUCAAGUUUUCCGUCCUCCAAGACUAUGGAGUCGAUCGUGUGUUCCUGCUAGAGAAUGGCAAUCUCGACAGUUCACAGCGCAAUGUCGUGUUUUUGGUCCAUGCCGAAAAGGUAAACCAAGUUGCUCUAGUUGCUGAACAGAUCAAGAAGCUACGUCAAAGCAGUAGCGUUGAACAUGAUAUAUCGAUAUUUUGGGUCCCUCGGCGGACUCUUGUGAGCGAUUCUAUACUAGAAGAAGCGGGUAUCACCGGCGAUGUAAAUAUCGCGGAACUGCCCGUAUACUUUCUUCCAUUAGAGCAGGAUGUUCUGUCUCUCGAGUUUGAUACUUCUUUUGGUGAUUUAUAUCUGCACAAAAACCCAGGCAGUAUAUACCUGUCAGCUAAAGGGUUGAUGAACAUCCAGCGACGUCAUGGGUAUUUCCCUCGCAUCACUGGCAAAGGAGAUAACGCUAGAAAAUUAGCCGACCUCCUUGUCCGUAUGAGAAAAGAGGUCGAAGCAGAGCAGCCAUCAAGCGCAGGCCCUGACUAUGGCAACAAACUGCCUAGUUCGUCUAUCGAACAGCUGAUCGUCAUUGACCGGGAAGUGGACUUUGGCACGCCGCUUUUAACACAGCUCACUUACGAGGGAUUGAUUGAUGAGUUCGUUGGUAUACAGAAUAAUCAAGCGGACGUAGAUACCAGCAUCGUCGGGCCUGCUACUCAGCCUCCACAACGAUCAAACACACCCGCUCCAGUCGCAAAGCCGGGAUUAAAGCGAAAGAUUCAGCUCGACUCUUCUGAUCAGUUGUUCAGCCAACUACGUGACACAAACUUCGCCAUCGUUGGCGAUAUAUUGAACAAAGUCGCGCGAAGACUGGAGUCUGAUUAUGAAACUCGACACUCGGCGCAAACCCCUGCCGAGCUUCGUGAAUUCGUCAACCGUUUGCCUGCAUAUCAGCAAGAGCAUCAAAGUUUGAAGAUUCAUACGAAUUUGGCAGAAGACAUUAUGCGCCAAACUCGGUCGGAUAUUUUCCGCAAAGUCCUCGAAGUCCAGCAAAGCAAUGCUGCCGGUACAGAUGCAAGUUAUCAACACAGCAACAUUAGCGAACUGAUUGCUCGCGAUGUGCCGUUGAAGACGAUUCUCCGUUUGCUGUGUCUUGAGUCGUGCAUGUCUGGUGGAUUGCGUGCUAAAGAUUUGGACUUUUUCAAACGAGAAAUUCUUCAAGCGUACGGCUAUCAGCACCUUCUCACAUUCCGCGCUCUCGAGAAGAUGGAGCUGCUGCAACUCCGAGGAUCAGCUACAGCAAUGCUCCUGCCAGGCGCGGUCGGUGGUGCAGUUGCCGGCACAAAAACAAACUACAACUACCUCCGCAAGAACCUUCGACUUGUCGUUGAAGAAGUCAGUGAAAAGGAUCCUAAUGACAUUUCCUACGUCUACAGCGGGUUUGCGCCCUUGUCAGUCCGACUUGUGCAGUGUAUCUUGCAAAAAUCUCACAUGAUGUCUCUCAUCAAGGGCGGUCUGGCAUCAUCUGCCGCUCCGACCGCGCAGAUCAACACAUCAAAUACUUCUUCUCCAGGCUGGAUCGGAUUCGAGGACAUCGCCAAAUCCGCCCGUGGAUCGACGUUUAGUAUUGUACAGAAAGGAGACGAGAAAGCCGUCCGCGCUAGACAGUCGUUAUCGUCCUCCGGUGGUAGCUUACAUCAAAAGACUGUUUAUAUCAUGUUCCUUGGUGGUAUCACCUUUACCGAAAUCGCAGCAUUGAGAUAUAUCGCAGCGCAAGAAGCGGCAACCCGGAAGAUUGUUAUCUGUACGACGAGCAUUCUUAGUGGUGAUCGGAUGAUGGAUGCUGCAAUUGAAGGGGGAACCUUUGGCGUAAAGGAUUCGCAAGUUGCUACUGUUUGA